AAGCUCUCCCCUUCACUUAGCAGAGAUAGCUAACUCCAACUAACAGCCAGUCGCGUAGUAACAUUAGCAGCUGGUUAGCUUGUAGAGAUUUCAGAAGCCGAGGAGCCAGGAUGCAAGAGGGUUGUUUGUGAGGAACGACUCCCAACCACGUGCCAUGUCUCUGGUUUUCCCACGACCCAACACGAACCCAUUUCACGGCAAGAAGGAAAAGAGAAUGAUGGCAGAAGUGAACGCGUCGCCGCUGAAGCAUUUUGUCACAGCGAAGAAGAAGAUCAACGGGAUCUUCGAGCAGCUGGGGGCCUACAUCAAGGAGAGUGCUUCAUUUCUGGAAGAUGCUUACAAGAGUGAAGAGCUGGACCCCGUCACCACAGAGGAGCAGGUCCAGGAGGUCCGGGGUUACCUUGCUAAAGUAGCAGGGAUUGGAGAAGUUCUGGCCCGCCGUCAUAUGAAGGUGGUCUUCUUUGGGAGGACCAGUAACGGGAAGAGCUCCGUGAUCAAUGCCAUGCUCUGCGAUAAGGUUCUGCCGUCCGGAAUAGGACACACCACCAACUGCUUCCUGAGGGUGGAGGGCACGGACGGCAACGAGGCCUUCCUCCUCACCGAAGGCUCUGAGGAGAGGAAGAGCAUAAAGACGGUGAACCAGCUGGCUCAUGCUCUCCACCAGGACGAGGACCUGGAUGCAGGCAGCCUGGUCUGUGUCAUGUGGCCUAAAGGGAAGUGCGCUCUGCUAAGGGAUGAUCUGGUUCUACUGGACAGCCCAGGUAUCGAUGUCACCACAGAGCUGGACAGCUGGAUCGACAAGUUCUGCCUGGAUGCGGAUGUGUUUGUUCUGGUAGCCAACUCUGAGUCGACCCUCAUGCAGACGGAGAAGUCAUUUUUUCACAAAGUCAACGAGCGGCUCUCCAGUCCCAACAUCUUCAUCCUCAACAACCGCUGGGAUGCGUCUGCCUCAGAGCCUGAGUAUAUGGAGGAGGUCCGCAGGCAGCACAUGGAUCGCUGCACCAAUUUCCUGGUGGAUGAGCUGGGUUUGGUCGACCGAGCCCAGGCCAGCGACCGCAUCUUCUUCGUAUCUGCCAAGGAGGUUCUCCAGGCUCGAGUGCAGAAGGCUCAAGGAAUGCCAGAAGCAGGUGGAGCUCUUGCAGAAGGAUUUCAAGCCAGAAUGUUUGAGUUCCAGAAUUUUGAGAGGCGAUUUGAGGAGUGCAUCUCACAGUCAGCGGUGAAGACAAAGUUUGAGCAGCACACGGUCAGGGCCAAGCAGAUCUCUGAAGCCCUGCGCCGCAUCAUGGACUCUGUACACAUUGCUGCACAGGAGCAGAGAGUCUACUGCCUCGACACCAAAGAGGACCGUCAGGACCGGUUGGAGUUCAUAGACAAGCAGUUGGACCUGUUAACCAUGGACUGUAAAGCUAAAAUCAAGAAGAUUACCGAGGAGGUGGAGAGACAGGUGUCUAAUGCCAUGGCAGAAGAGAUCAGGAAGCUCCACGUCCUGGUGGAUGAUUUCCGCAUGGACUUCCACCCGUCGCCAGUGGUGCUCAAGGUUUACAAGAACGAACUCCAUCGGCACAUAGAGGACGGUCUGGGCAAGAACAUGUCAGAGAGGUGCUCUACCUCCAUCACGAACGCCCUGCAGGCCACACAGACUGACAUGAUCGAUGGUCUGAAGCCUCUGCUGCCCAGCUCGGUCAGAGAGCAGGUCGACAAGCUCGUUCCUCGCCAGUGCUUCAGCCUCAGCUACGACCUGGCUUGCGACAAGCUUUGCAGCGACUUUCAGGAGGACAUCAGCUUCCAUUUCUCUCUGGGCUGGACCAUGCUGGUCAACCGCUUCCUCGGGCCCAAGAACACCCGGCGGGCCCUCAUGGGCUACAACGACCAGGUUCCUCGGCCCAUGGCCUUGACUCCGGUCAGCUCCAGCAUGCCUCCAUUCCCACAAAGCUCCAUGACCCAGGAAGAGCUGAUGGUCUCCAUGGUGACGGGUCUCGCUUCACUUACCUCCCGCACCUCCAUGGGCGUCCUCGUGGUCGGUGGUGUGAUCUGGAAGGCAGUGGGCUGGCGUCUGAUCGCCUUGUCGGUGGGUCUGUACGGGCUGCUCUACAUCUACGAGCGGCUCACCUGGACCACCAGGGCCAAAGAAAGAGUCUUCAAGAGACAGUUUGUGGACUACGCCAGCGAGAAACUGCAGCUCAUCGUCAGCUACACCGGAUCCAACUGCAGCCACCAAGUCCAGCAGGAGCUGGCAGGUGUGUUCGCUCAGCUUUGCCAGCAGGUAGACAUCACUCGUCAGAACCUUGAGGAUGAGAUCUCUGACAUGAACAGCAAGAUUGAGCAGCUGGAUAGCUUACAGAGCAAGGCGAAGCUGCUGCGAAACAAGGCGGGCUGGCUGGACAGCGAGCUCAACAUGUUCACCCAGCAGUACCUCCACCACAGCAAGUAGGAGCAGGCGGAGCGUCCACUAAGAGACUAAAACCACACCAGAGGAACGCUUGGUUCACACUUCUGUAUGUCGAAGUUAAUGAGAGGAAAUAUUUAACAAUAUUCUCAGCAGAAGAGGAGAAAUCAAAAGGGUAGUUUGCUUGUCUUACAUGGGUGAAGGGAGUUAUGGCUCGGAGGGGUCCUACGGUCUGCUCAUCGCUCUUCAAAUAAAAAAAGGUAAAAGUAGGAUAAGUCACAAUUCCCAACAACACGUUUGACCGACUCCAGAACUAAACAUGUCCUCAGUGAAUCCCCCGAUGCUCGUUCCCGUCCUCUUGAGCCGUGGUGAUGAGCAGGAGGUUGGUUUGAGCCGUCAGCAGGAGCGUCCUCAUGAGCGCUGCCGAUGACUCGAACCAGCUUCUGUCAGACUCCACGCUCUCCUUUAAAAUUCCACCUACCUGUGCCACUUUGAAGUUGUGUACAUUUGAUUUUGUAUAUAUAUAUAUAUAUAUAUUGAACACUGGACAAAGUGUCGUGCUGAAGGAAGACAGCCCAUGUGAGGGAAUGGAAAACUGUGGCUUAUGUAAGUAGAUUAUGAACUGAAGACAUGAAAAAUAAUUUAUUUCUAUAUGCUGUAGUAUAUUUGGAAAAUGAAGCUUUGUUUUUGUUUUUUCUUUUUUUCACACAAA